AUGCAUGCCCUCCGAGCAACAUUCCAAAUCGCGCGCACCUUUCAGUUCUGCGCGCUGAUUGCCGUCAUCGGCCUGACGGCCAACUUCAUCGCGGAGAUUGUCAAGAUUAAUGCAAGACCGCCUAAUAUCUUGAUUGGGACCAUUACUGUGACCUGCAUCGCCGUGCUAUACUGCAUCUUGACAUCCAUAAUCCUCUUGGAUAAUGUCCUGCCCUUAUUAUACUGCGCUAUCAUCGAUACACUCCUUAUGACUGCUUUGAUAGUUGUUGCGGUAAUUAUUGGACCACCAUUCUCGUAUCUGCAAUGCGCGGGGAUUCCCUCUCUCAUGCGACGAGGCGAUGAUACAUCAGCGUAUGCAUUCGCGACGCGGUUGAGCGAGUAUCUCAGCAACUUGAACGGCGGAAACAUCGAUUAUGGAAAUUGGAUCGGGGUAUCGAGGGAGGUGUGUUUGGAGGCAAAGUCAACCUGGGGAUUGAGUAUUGGGUUAUGGUGA